AGUCGCUUUCGCGUGUUUUGCGAGUGGAUGAAAAAUAACAAUACAAUUGUGAGUUAUUUUCGCGAAUAAUUUCGUGUACUGUGUCACUGUGUCGUGUAUUGACAGACAAGGUAGUCGGCAUGCGGGGCGGGGCGUGAGAUGGACGGUAUUCAAAUGGAACCCAUCGGCAAGUACAAAGCGGAUCGGAACGGGUCUGCUAAGGCUGCGUGGCGCAACAUGGUGGACCAGGAUCUCGACGAUGUCGCUUUUUUAGCUGACACAGACAAAGCAAGAGAAGCGAGGGAGCUCCGCGAGGCACCCGUGGCCGUAUGCUCGCAGCGCCGCGCGCUAUGCCUCGCCGCGUUGGUGUUCUCGGCUAUGUUUGCCACUGCACUGCUCGUCGUGUAUGCCACGCCGCAGCCAGAUUGCCCGUGCGCAGGGGAAAGUCCCCUGAUACCCGGCCAGCCUCCCACGGGGGCUGAGACCAAUACUGCCUCGUCCAACAAAGAACGUAUUGCGAGUAACGGCCAGGUGUUUCCUUGGAGGGGGGCCCGCCUCCCCACCUUCGUGAUACCGAAGCAUUACAACCUCUGGCUUCACCCGAACCUGACUACUGGAGAACUGAGGGGAGAAGUGUCAAUAGACCUAAAAGUGGAAAGGGACACAAACUUCGUGGUUUUAAACGUGCGCGACAUGAACGUGACCGAACGAGCGCUUUUUCGGACCGGUGGUGCUUUAGGUCCCAAAGUAGCUAAGGCUUUGGACUUCCCUGCGGCUGACCAGACUUAUAUUGAGUUCAAGGAAAAAAUAAGGCGCAAAUACAACUACACACUGAGCCUUCGUUUCAUCACAAAGUUGGAGAGGAAUGACAAGCAACGAGGGUUCUUUUUGACAGGGACACACAAACAUCGUUGCGCAGUGUCACGGUUCUGGCUGACGCAUGCGCGGUCCGCCUUCCCUUGCCUGGACGAGCCACAUCUAAGGGCCACCUUCAAGCUGACCAUAGUAAGAGACAGAUUCCACGUAUCGCUGACAAAUAUGCCCAUAAUGGCUACAGAGGAAGCUGGCUUCUAUUUGGGACACCGACUGCUGCAAGACGAAUUCGGUCAGUCCCCCCCAAUGCCCCCCCACAUGAUGUCGAUGGCCGUGUGUCGGCUGCAGCGCCGCGCUGCGCCCCCCCUGCCUACCGACGCGACCCCCACGGUGACCCCCACUGAAAUGGCCCCCACGGAACCGACGGACGAAGCGGAGGAACCGGUGCUGCCCCCUCCAGAAAUCAGCUUGUAUAGCGAUCAGCAAGUAAUUCUGGAUGAAGCUGGACCGCUCCUAGAAUGGGUGCAGAAGACGAUACAGCAUUUCAGCUAUGAGUUGAACACGUCGUACCCAUUACCUAAGUUCGAUAUAGUAGUGGUAGAUGGUGGUAACCCAUAUUCUGAGGGUUGGGGACUGAUUACUCUGUCUCCUUCUACUUUGACUGACACGAAAACCAUCGCCAGACUGCUGGCCCAGCAGUGGUUUGGCGGGCUAGUCUCACCUCGUUGGUGGAGUUCUCAGUGGCUGAUGGACGCUCUGACGUCAGUGAUUGCUGAGAAGGCACCAGCGAUCAGCGACAGCGCGUCUGAGAGACAGCAGGACGCCUUACUACUGGACCACGUGCUGCCUGCGCUCAGACUAGAUUCAAGCAACUCAGUGCGCGCUGUGGCAUCCCCCAGGCUGGAUCGAGCGGACAUUGAGGCAGCUUCGGAUGAGCUAUCUUUACAUAAGGGGGCGGCCAUAGUGAGCAUGGCUAUAGAGGCGGCGGGGGAAGCGGCGGGGAGGGCUGCGUUGGCGCGGCUUUUGAAGUACCACAGGGCUGCUAGCGCUGACGCCAGAGACCUCUGGCGGGCGCUGCAGCAUGACAGCGGCGAUGACACAAGCACCCACGCCCAGGCGUGGGACGGCUGGUGCGAGCGGCCUGGCUAUCCGCUGCUGUGCGCCACGGUAGAUGGCGACAACGUGGUCAUCAAGCAAGAGAGGUUCGUCAUGACAGCAGACCCGCCAGAAGUAGAUGCGCCCAUGAUGGACAGCCUUCUGACUUUCGACUUGAGGGCCGAAUUGGACGAGUUAUUUUAUGAACCUGAAAACCUCACAGAGUCCUUAGAAGACGACGUCAACGCAACCACCACGGUUACUCCGCCGACCACCACGCGUCGACCAGCCACCACCACCAAGCCACCACCGCCGAACAAGUGGAUUAUACCACUCACUUUCGUGGUGGGACCCACGGAGGAUGAAGAAGAUCUGGAGAACAUCACUAAAGUAUGGAAGAAUACAACAGAAAAUCUGCAGAAUGGAACAUGGUACGACAUAGGGAACGAAACGAAACCGGCGAAGACAUCAAGAUGGGCUGAAAACGUGAUGCACCUGAUAUGGAUGAACGAUACUGAGAUGGUGAUACCCGAUUUGGGUAAACAUAAAUGGGUGCGGUACAACGUCGGCGCGAGGGGCCUUUACAGAGUGGCUCCUCAAGACAGAAACGCUGGGGAAACAGCAGAGUCGGCGGCCGCGCGUGCGGCGGCGCUGUACGAAAGUGGCGCGCCGGCAGAACGAGCGUUGUUACUGGACGAUGCGUUUGUAUUGAGCAGAGCCGGUCGCCUCCCAGCUAGCAGGGCCAUUGCUGCUGCCACCCGUCUUAGCACAGAAAAGCACUGGGCGCCGUGGCGCGUGGUGCUUUCCCACGUGUCGUGGUGGCGCGCUUUACUACGCCUCGGCGCAUCGGGGCCGCACUUGCACGAGCUAUUACAACAGCUGCAUCCUGAGGAGCUCCAUACUCUGGACCCGGCGGCCGCGGUGCCCCUCAACGAAGACCAGCUAUGGCUCAGUGGCGCCCUCCUAACCGCUGGUGUAGAGUGGGAGAACCCUCGAGUGACGAAACAGGCGGUGCAACUCUUCGACGCCUGGUAUAAAGAUAACCAGACCAUACCUGACAUAUACCAAGAGGCGGCGUUCACGGCAGGCGUGCGCGCGCACGGCGCGAGCGCGUGGCGCGCGUGCUGGCGUGCCCUGCGCGCGUCGUGCGCCGCGCCGCGCCCGCUGCACAACCACCGGGCGCUGCUGGCAGCGCUGGCGAGCGCUAAAGACGACUGGCUGUUCUACAGAUUCGCAUUCACGGCGCUGUCAGCCGAAGCGCAGCGGAGUCGCGAGUGGCGGCUCUGGGUGACUACUCUUUGCACGGCCACUUGCAGGUGGCGCGGCGCGGCGGGCACGUGGCGCGUGCUGCGAGCGGCGCCCGCGCUGCCGCCGCCGGCGCUGCUGGCCGCCGCCCGCUGUCUGCACGAGCCCCACGACUAUUAUAGGUUCAAAGAGCUCUUCGGCGAGUACCGCGGUGCUCAAAUCGCCCUCGACACGAUUGCUUUAAACUCCGCAUGGGUGGCCCGAGCCGACGCAGACCUGCUAAGGUACUUCAACGCUGUGCACAAGCAUUGAACCAAGUAAAGGACGUAGCGUAACCAACCCGGAAAGGGAUCGUAACCGUAUCAACUCGA